AUGCCAAGAUCUAAACGUUCUAAGUUAGUGACAUUAUCUCAAACUGAUAAGAAAGGUAGAGAAAACAAGGAGAGAAUCUUUGAUGAAGUAAGAGCUGCUUUGGAUACUUACAGAUACGUUUGGAUUUUAUAUUUGGAUGAUGUUAGAACUCCAGUUUUGCAAGAAAUUAGAUCCUCUUGGACUGGCUCGAAAUUAAUUUUGGGUAAGAGAAAAGUUUUAGAAAAGGCCUUGGGUACUACUAGAGAAGAUGAGUACAAGGAAAACUUACACAAGCUAACUAAGGAAUGUAGCGGUGUCACUGGUUUAUUAUUUACCAAUGAAGAUAUUGACACUGUUAGAAGUUAUUUCGAAUCAUACGCUAGAAUGGAUUAUUCGAGACCAAACUCAAGAGCUCCAUUAACUUUUGUUAUCCCAGAAGGUAUUGUGUAUUCUCGUGGUGGUCAAGUUCCUAUUGAAGAUGACGUCCCAAUGGUUCAUUCUUUGGAACCAACUUUAAGAAAUAAGUUAGAUAUCCCAACUAAAAUUAAAGCUGGUAAGAUUACAGUCGAAUCUCCAUACUUGGUUUGUAACAAAGGUGAUAAGUUAGACGUUCGUCAAGCUUUGAUUUUGAAACAGUUUGGUGUCGCCGCUUCUGAAUACAAAGUUAAAGUAGCAGCAUAUUACGACAACGAGACCUCGAAAAUGGAAAAGGUUAAGAUAAAUACAGAAGAAGAUUAA